CUCAUUUUUGGAGUUUGAACCUCUCUGUUUUACAUUUUCCUUUGUUGUUCGUCUAAUUCUAAGAUUUGAAUCGGGCACACUGAGCGAUGGCGAAUCCGCAAUGGCGAUUGCAGAGCGACGCUCAUGAAUCCACGAUUUGGGCCAUCAAAAUCUCAUUUUGCUUCCUCGGCAUCGUCUCUUUCGGCGCCGCCACCAGAGCCGCCGUCCCCGCCACCGCGGCUGCCUUGUACUCUGCCCUUCCGGGUCUCCGGGCAUUCCUCCGCUCUUGGUUCUCGCCGCAGUACCUCUUCGUCGCCGUCCACUUCAUGAUCCUUGCCAUUUGGAAACUCUCCGACCGGAAGCAGCAGCCGCAGAGCGACCGAUGGUCAGCGACGGAGCCAGGCGGCGAUCCCAUAAAAAUCAAAUCUUUCGUCUCUGCCCAUUCUUAUGAGCUCAACCAGAAGUGCUCGCCGGUAAUCCAUUGCGACGAGAUCUCUCUGUCUUCCGCAAGUGCCGCGAUUUCCUCGUCUGAAACCUCCUCGUCCAACAUUUCGUGCCUGACGCUGGAUUCCGUGGAAAGCUCCACUGCCUCGUCGAAGAAGGCCAUCGAACUGGAUCCUAAGAGAUGCAUUACGGAGGAGGAAGACAAAGAGUUGGUGACUGCGCUGGAGACAGCAGGGAUGGAAAACGACUCGAUGGAGGUGACAUGGAAGGCGAUUACUGAGAAGUCAUCUCAGGCAUCUGCCUGGCCGGAGCCGGCGCCGGCGCCACCGUCCUCAUUCUCAGGUGACGACGAUUUGACCCAACGAUUCGAAGAUUUCAUCAAGAAAAACCACGAGCAGAUCCGCUUCUCAAUAUUCGAAGGUUGUAAUUCGACUCUGCCAGCGCCGAUCUCCGGCUAGAAGAAUGCAUAUGCUGAUAAAAAUCCGUUUUUUAAGGUUUGUAUUUGUUUGCUUAUGGUGGCAAUUCAGGUUCUAUUCUACUUGAAGGCCUGUGCUUCCCUUCGGAUUGGUGUGCCAUUGCUGAUAAGAUUAAGUCUUAAAAGUGGUUUACAGUUCAUGUUGAAUAGUCUCUGUAUAUUUGCUCAGUGUAUAUUCUGGAGAUCACAGUCUGCAUCGUUAUUAUUAAUUAUAUUCCAUCUCAUCGUUAUUAAUUAUUAAUCAUGAGGAACCCUUGGAAUAGAAAAUGGAUCCAGUAGAAAAUGGAUCCAGAUUUGGAAUAAA